UCUAGCUAAUUUUACAAAGAAUUUGGGUGACAACCAUUCUAUAACAACUCAGCAUUUCAAAGAUUUCUCUCCUGAACAAAUUUCUCUAGUAUGUCAUAAGAGAGCUUGUUCUUAUGAGUAUAUUGAUUCUCAUAAUAGAUUCUUAGAAACAGAACUUCUGACUAUUCAUGAAUUUCAUGGUCAACUUAGUAGAAAAAUUACUUAA